GGUUCAUUAAACUUCAAUUACCCUAAAAACAUUAAUGAUUUUGGGAUAUCUGCAAGUCAUUAAUACAAAUAGUCCAUUUUGCAAUAAUUUGCGACUCAAUUCUCCAAAGGGCUUAUCGUUUCAAAUUCUUAUUUACUCUAAUCACCAACAAUAGAAUUUAAGUUUUAAGAUAAGAAUUUCUAAUUUCUAUUAUAAUAUAAUCAAACUUAAUGGUUGCAUAAUUGUAACAAUAAUUAUGAGUAAAGAGGUUGAUAAAAGUGAGUAUACUAGUGUGAGUCAAAAUGUGAAGAUUGUGCCCAUCAAAAAAGCUCCUACUAUAGGGCACAGGCAUUUACAAGCCUUCCUAUACUUCCUAAUGGGAUUUGUUGCUUUUGGAUUUCGAGUAUGCCUAUCAGUUAAUAUUGUAGCCAUGACAGACCCUUUGGUCAAUUCGAAUCCGGAUAUUCCAACAUAUCCUCACUGGACCAAAAAGAAUCUCAUUCUAUCGUCAUUUUUCUGCGGCUACAUGCUGCCUCAAAUUUUUGCAGCUUACGUAGCCAAAAAAUACGGAGCUAAAUGGUUUUUGGUUGGAACUAUGACAGUUCAAUCACUAUUAAGCUUUUUAACUCCAUUUACUGCAGCUCAUUUUGGAGAAAUUGGCAUGAUGAUCAGCAGAGUCAUGCAAGGAUGCUGUCAAGGAUUUAUAUUUCCUUCUUGUGCUCAUUUUCUGAGUGUCUGGAUACCGCCCCAAGAACGGUCCAGAAUUGGUUCCACGAUUUACACUGCUGGAAAAGGUGGUACUCUAUUUGCCCUUAUAAUUACAGGCCUACUAGCGGCCAGCAGCUAUGGAUGGCCAAUGGCUUUCCAUUUUUUUGGCGUUUGUGGACUUGGGUGGUGCAUUUUAAUGAUUAUUUUCGGUUAUGAUACCCCUCAAGAAGAUUCUAGAAUAAGCUGCGUUGAACAAGAGUAUAUUGAAACAAGUUUAGGUUACACGCAAGACGCAGUUAAUCUUAAAACACCUUGGCGUAAAAUAUUAACUUCAGUGCCUGUAUGGGCUCUUCUAGCAGCUCAAACUGGAAGCAAUUAUUGUUUUUGGACUAUCCUAACUCAAAUACCUUCAUAUAUGAAUUAUAUGAUGAAUUUUGAUUUAAAAAAAAACGGUUUUUGGUCAGCAAUGCCGUAUUUAGUUUUCUGGAUACUUGGCACUGUGUUUGGAAUUCUUUCCGAUUGGAUGAUCAACAAAGGAAUUGUGUCGCGUGGAGCUGCAAGAAAAAUUUUCAAUUCUAUAGGUCUUUUAAUACCAGCCUGUGCCCUUAUAGCUUUAGGAUUCACAAGAUCGGAUCAAACCACUCAAGCAGUGGCAUUGUUGAUAAUUGCAGUGGGUUUAAAUGCUGCGUGUUUUUCCGGGUUUGCUGUAAACCAUGUGGAUUUGUCCCCGAAUCACGCCGGUUCCCUUAUGGGUUUUUGCAAUGGUUUUGCUCAAACUUCUGGAAUAAUUGCUCCGUUGAUGGUGCAACUUUUUAUACACGAUGUGAGAAACCCCCUCGAAUGGCGAAAUGUGUUUUUCCUCGCAGCUGCAGUUAACAUAGUAACUAGUACUGUUUAUGAUUUAUUUGGAUCUGGGGAAAUUCAGCCAUGGAAUAGUGUAGAGAGUGAAGAAGAUGAUAAAAAAUAAUGUUUUGAACAGAAUGAUGAAUAUAGAAAUGGUCACAAAAAGACAACUGCAAAGAUUUUCACUUGCCUACAAAAUCUCAAUAGUUUUUUUUUUUUCAUGUAAUUCAAAUAGAGCUUUUCAUAAUCUAUUAUUUUUUCCCUGAAAUCCUCAAGUUCUAUCCUAUUGAAAAAAAGUUGAAAUGUCUAUAAAGAAUCAAAUUUUUCCAAUUUCUCUUUAUUUCUCAAUUUUUGUCUAUUCCCGGCUCUUGAGUUUCAGUUUUCUUAUAAAUUUCUCUAAAUAGAGAAAAUUUAAGAGUUUGGACUGGAAAUAAAAUAUUUUGUGUCUACUUGCUUAUCAAAUUUUU